AUGAUCCAUCCAAACCGUUGGAGUUUAUCUGAUCGUCAGCUGACUGAAGAUGGGCUAUCAUAUAAUCGUCUUCGUACAAUUGAUCGUUCUGAAGUAAUUUCCGAUAUUGAACUCUUAUUCUAUCAGUCAUCUGGUACUAAAAGAGAAAUAACUGAUUUUCAAAAAUGGGAUCAAGAUCCUGAUAGUGGUUUCAACAAGGAAACUAGAACUUUGGAACCUAGACAAUUAUAUUUUGCAGCUGAUUUGAAGAGUACUACAACCAAAUUCUUCAAUCGAUCGCACGAAGAUCAAUUAUUAUUGAAUUUGUCCAAAGAUACAUCAAUUAUUAUCACCAAACCUGAUAAAAGCGGAGGUGUUGUCAUAAUGAACCGUAGUGAUUACAUUGGAAAAUGGGGACAAAUAUUACGUAAUCGCUCAAAAUUUACAUUGCUUACUGGAGAUCCAACGGGUACUCAGCAAUAUCGAUAUAUUAAACCAGUUGGUUCAAUUUCAGCAAGAUUAUAUGGCUUGCCAAAAGUCCACAAGACCAAUGUACCACUUAGGCCGAUUGUAUCUUCUAUACAAUCAUACAAUUAUCGUCUAGGUAAAUUCUUAGUUGAUAUUGUCAAAUCAAUACGUAACAGUACGUAUUCAUUAAAGAACAGCGAUGCAUUUAUUCAAUUUUUAAAACAAAACUCUUCAUUAUCAAUUCACAAAAUGAUUAGUUUUGAUGUGGAAAGUUUAUUUACUAAUAUACCAG